GUACGUGCCCCGAACGUCCGGCGUUCGCCCCGCCCCUCCAGUUUCCGCGCGCCUCUUUGGCAGCUGGUCACAUGGUGAGGGUGGGGGUAAGGGGGCCGCUCUAGCUUGCGGGCUGUGUCUAUGGUCGGGCCCGUAGCGUCCAGCUGCACCGGACAGAGCUCGAGUGUAUGGCGCCUCAGGAUCUGGCUCCGGGGCCCCGAUAACGGGCCGCCCCCGCAGCUCCCGGCACGGAGUGAGGGUCUUCUCUGAUCUGAGAAUGGCUACUCCUCGAUAUGAGCCAGUGGCCGAGAUUGGUGUUGGUGCUUAUGGAACCGUGUACAAGGCCCGUGAUCCCCACAGUGGCCACUUUGUGGCCCUGAAGAGUGUGAGAGUCCCUAACGGAGGAGGUGCUAGCGGGGGCCUUCCCAUCAGCACAGUUCGUGAGGUGGCCUUACUGAGGCGGCUGGAGGCUUUUGAACAUCCCAAUGUUGUCCGGCUGAUGGAUGUCUGUGCCACUGCCCGAACUGACCGAGAGACCAAAGUGACCCUGGUGUUUGAGCAUGUAGACCAAGACCUAAGGACAUAUCUGGACAAGGCACCCCCACCAGGCUUGCCAGUGGAGACUAUCAAGGAUCUGAUGCGCCAGUUUCUAAGAGGCCUAGAUUUCCUCCAUGCCAAUUGUAUUGUUCAUCGAGAUCUGAAGCCAGAGAACAUUCUGGUGACAAGUGGUGGGACAGUCAAGCUGGCUGACUUUGGCCUGGCCAGAAUCUACAGCUAUCAGAUGGCACUUACACCUGUGGUUGUUACACUCUGGUACCGUGCUCCGGAAGUUCUUCUGCAGUCUACGUACGCAACACCUGUGGACAUGUGGAGCGUUGGCUGUAUCUUCGCAGAGAUGUUUCGUCGCAAGCCUCUCUUCUGUGGAAACUCUGAAGCUGACCAGUUAGGCAAAAUCUUUGACCUGAUCGGGCUGCCCCCAGAGGAUGACUGGCCCCGAGAUGUGUCUCUGCCCCGAGGAGCCUUUUCCCCCAGAGGACCCCGUCCAGUGCAGUCAGUGGUACCUGAGUUGGAGGAGUCUGGAGCACAGCUGCUGCUGGAGAUGCUGACUUUUAACCCACACAAGCGAAUCUCUGCCUUCCGAGCCCUGCAGCACUCUUAUCUACAAAAGGCAGAAAGUAACCCAGAGUGAGCGGUGGAGUGGCUGCAAUAGGACCAACAGAAGAAAAGCCGUCGUCUCCCUUCCUUUGAACACUUGAGUGGAGAGCCCCCCAACUGAGAAGGCGACCUCAGCUUCAUCUCUGAGGCUGUGGAAACUCCUCCCAGCUCUCCAGAGAGUAUUUUGCUGCCUUAAUGACAUUCCCCUCCCAUCCCAUCCCUCCUUUUGAAGCUUAUCCUUCCCCUGCCCCUCCCCCCCCCCCCCCCCCCCCCGCCGAUUUCCAUACACCAAGGGGUAUCUUCCUUGUUCUCCCCCUUCCUAUCUUGAUAUUAGGAUCUUUUUUUAUACAGGAAAAACAAAACAAAACAAAGAAA